AACUUGGCGCCGAGCGGAUCGCUGUUUGUUUUGGGUAACAGCUCUAACUAGUCACAUUUUAUUACAAUUGCUCUUAAAUCCAUAUACGGACAUAAAAUUUAGCUAGUGACGUUGUAUUACAAUCUGAGUGUCACGAACUAAGUACCGAAGAUAAUUUGAUAAUUCAUUAUCUGUAAAAUAUAAAAAUACGCGUCCACAGUUUCUGUGUUAGUGUGUAAAUAUUUUUAUACCGGCCGAGUACAAAAAAUAAGGAUGUCGAAUCCGGAGCAAAUUUUGCGCAAACUACUCGAUGACAUUGUAAAAGAGAGGGGCUAUAAAGAUCCCAAAAUAAGGGUGAAGCCAAUAUCGACAGGUGGCGCUAACUACACCUCAGUGCUGUUUCUCAUCACAGUGUCGGAGUCGGAUCGUGAAGAUCUUCAGCUCUUUGCCAAAGUCGGUAUCGUUGGCGAGAAAAUGCGCUCUCAAAUGCCAGUACAGUUUUAUGAUAUCGAACGUUUUGCGUACGAAGACUUAUUGAAACAGUAUGAGAAAAUACAGAAUGAUCAUAAUGUACCUAUUUCGCAGAGACUACGUAUACCUAAGUUUUAUGGCUGUAAUCCAAAUCGUUUCGAAGAAACUAUUGUUCUAGAAAAUCUAGCAGCACAAGGGUUUACCACCUAUGACAGAUUAAAGUCCAUAGAUUGGGACUACGCCGCUAAGUCAGUGGAGGCGUUAGCGAGAUUUCACGCUCUCUCUGUAGCUUAUAAUAAGGAAAAUCCUGAAAAAUACAAAACAAUUCUUGAAACUAUGAAAUUACAAGAAGAUAGCUUUGCCGAACUUUUGGAAUCAUCGUUUGAUAAACAAAAAGAAACAGCUAUAAAUGGUACAUGGGAAAAUAAUAAAAGUAGACUGAAGAACUAUAUGGACACCAAAGUGAACGCAAAGACUUUGGUUAAAUUUUAUUUGUCGAAUCCUAAAAAUAUUCUAUGUCAUGGAGACUUCAGACCGAGCAAUUUAAUGCACAGAGUAAAAGAGGAUGGUACUUUAGAAGUGAUACCUGUAGAUUAUCAAACGAUACGAGGUGGUUCACCACUGGUAGAUUUGAUGUCCUUUAUCUUCACGGGAUCGGAUGAGGAGUUUCGCAGGCGUCACUUUUGGGACCUGAUCGACCAUUACUACCGCGAGCUGUGCAGUGCGCUCCGCAGCCUGGAACUUGACUCUCGGGACAUCUACCCGGAGGACGAGUUCGGUCGUGACGUUAAAGAGUUUCUACCGCUCGGACUUCUAAUUGGUCUAUUCGCACUGCCCGUUAUCACCGUGGACUCGGAAGAUGCGCCGUCCAUGAGCGGAGAGAAUGACUUCCACAGUUUCAUGAACAUAAAGACCAACUCAAUCUAUUCGGAGAGAUUAAAUGGUGUUGUCAACGAUUUCGUUAGAUGGGGAAUAAUUUAAAUUAAUAUAAUUAUAAAAAAAAAAUAUUAUUUUACUUUGGUUUAAGAGCACCUAUAGCUUUAGCUUACUAAAGUAUGGCAAGGUUGUAAGUAUCUUUAACGUUUUAUUUCGUUGCCAGAGAACUUCUUUAAUAAUCAGAAAUUUAGAAUGUUAACAUACCCACAUUGAUAUGAUACAUCGCUUCUUUUAGGGGUAUAUGAAAAGAAAUUGCUGUUUAACGAUAAGGCAGCCUACAGUUGCAUAAUUAUCUUGUGUAAUUAAGUUUUGUUAUAAUAUUAUCUAAUAUAUAAAAUUCUCGUGUCACGGUGUUUGUUACCAAACUCCUCCGAAACGGCUUUACCGAUUUUUAUAAAAUUUUUUGUGCAUAUUGGGUAGGUCUGAAAAUAGGCCAACAUCUAUUUUUCAUAGCCCUCAAUGAAAAGGGUGACUCACCCCUAAAUAUAUAUUUUUUAUUUUUUGACAAUUGUUUUUAUUUUUAUUUUAUUAUGACUAAGCAUUGAAAAAUACAUACAGCUUCAAAUUUUUACCCUUUUACGAUCAACCACUGUUUUUUAAUUGCGAUUUUUUAUAUUUGAAAAGGGGCUGCAAGAUGGCAAUCGAAAAUAAUAAUUGUAGUACGAGAAAUUUUCAUGUAUAGUCUAUAAUUUGCUUUAAUAUAUAUAUAUUAGUAACGGUCAUGAUUAGCUUCGUACAUAGUAUUAGGGAUGGGUCAUAUUAGUAGGGCCCGAUAUCUAUAUAUUGGUUGUCUCAAGACAUAUAUAUAUAUAUAUAUAUAUAUAUAUAUAUAUAUAUAUAUAUAUAUAUAUAUAUAUAUAUAUAUUACCCAAUUCUACAUAAUAUGUAUUCGCUUGCGAAUUAUUUGUAAUUAGAUUUUCAAGUAUUGGAUAUUCAAUCAAAUUGAAACUUUAAUGUGUGCGUAAAUUCGAUUAUAAUGCAAGGUAGGAGAUGGAGUUAGAGUGUAGCCAUACAAACUCUGCAAUAGAAUCAUACAACCUGAUCGAGAUUAGAGAUUAAACUGUGAUUGUUCGACUGAAAUACUGUAAUCAGUAGAUAUGAUUAGUAGUAGAUAUGAACUUGUUAUAAAAAAUAUAUUUACAAAUAUAUUAAAUAUUAUUCCAAAUGUUAAAAUUAAUAUAGUUAAUCUACAAAUAAAAAUAUUUUUAUUUC